ACACUUCCGGGUCUGGCCCCGUUCGUUUCCUGGCUCGGUGAACCUGUCAGCCACCGUCGUCCAGACGAGGACCAAAGACCGUUGAGGGUUGCAGUGAUGUCGGCAGCUGCUCCGGGGACCAGCAAGGCGGCCCAUAGCGAUGCGGGCCAGAAGAAGAAGAAGGGACCCGGCGCCCUGGCCACGGCCUACCUGGUCAUUUAUAACGUUGUUAUGACAGCGGGGUGGCUGGUGAUCGCUGUGGGUCUGGUCAGAGCUUACCUGGCCAGAGGAAGCUACCAUGGGCUGUACUACUCCAUAGAGAAGCCGCUGAAGUUCUUUCAGACUGGAGCUGUACUGGAGAUACUACACUGUGCUGUAGGCAUCGUGCCGUCCUCUGUGGUCCUGACCGGAUUCCAGGUCAUGUCCAGAGUAUUUCUCACCUGGGCUGUCACACACAGCGUCAGAGAGGUGCAGAGUGAGGACAGCGUGCUGCUGUUUGUCACAGCCUGGACUAUCACAGAGAUCAUCCGCUACUCAUUCUACACCUUCAGUCUGCUCAACCACCUCCCGUACCUCAUCAAGUGGGCAAGGUACACCUUUUUCUUCGCGCUGUAUCCCAUGGGAGUGACCGGGGAACUGCUGACCAUCUAUGCAGCACUGCCAUACGUGCAAAAGACCGGCCUGUACUCGGUCACUCUGCCCAACAAGUACAACUUCUCCUUCGACUACUACACCUUCCUCAUCCUCACGAUGAUCUCCUACAUUCCUCUGUUCCCCCAGCUUUACUUCCACAUGAUCCGACAGAGGAAGAAGGUUCUGGGCCACUUGGAGGACUACAGCAAAGUGGAGUGAACAGAACAGCGUUCAGACGGAUCUGAUCGAGGGAAAAGAAAACCAAAACAACCAACAGAAGAGGAACAAAUUCAUGUCUGCUUAUAACUCCCAGCCAGUUUCCAAACUGCCCGAACUGAACCUGGCAGAUGAUUCAAUAAUCAAGCAACCUUUAUUUUUAUUUUCUCCAGCUGUUGUCCGGCUUGUUUAGGUGCUCACAAUCCAUGAAGAGCUGGUGUUGUUGUUUUUUUGUUAUUGUUGUUGUUGUUUUUAUUUAUGAACAAACUGCAGGUUUGGUAGUUUAGUCCCAGAGCUUGAACCUGUAAUGAAACCUGAGCAGUGAGCAGAACUGGAAGAUGCACUGAUAGAACGGAUACCCUCUGUUUUAACUGUCAUGAUAGAGAAACAGAUUCUUCACCUCUGCAUAGCUCUUCUUCUGGUCUUUUUUAAAACAGCAGCUUUUGGUUUAAUAUAAAGUAGAGAGAAUAAUGUGAACACUAGUACUGAUACUAAGUUAUCUGUGGGUUCUGCACCUGCAGUGUUUUUGUCGGUGCAAACUGUUCCACAGAUUUGUAGGUUGUUUGUUGUCAUUCAUUGUCAGUCCUAAGUUUAAUUACAUUCCUACUUCAGUUCAAUAAACUUUUUUCAUCGUCU